AUGGAAGCAAUAACUGACGAACAAGCUCUUUCCCAUGUUAUCCUUGUACCCAGUCCAGGAAUUGGCCAUAUCAUCCCUCUAGCCGAGCUCGCCAAACGACUCAUUCUCCACAACUUCUCUGUCACCCUCACCAUCCCAACCGAUGGUAACCCUUCCAAAGCUCAACAAAAUGUCCUUGAUGCCCUCCCUAAAUCCAUCAAUUACAUCUAUCUCAACCCUGUCCAUUUCUCUGACCUACCCGACGAUUCCAUGAUUGAAACCCGCAUCAGCUUAACAACUUCUCGUUCCCUCACUUCUCUUCGUGAAACCUUAAAGAUCUUCUCUAAAACUGAUCGCAUCGUUGCCUUAGUAGUGGAUGCUUUCAGCACUGAUGCUUUUGAUGUAGCCAACGAACUCAAUAUUUCUCCUUACCUCUUCUUUCCCUCUACAGCUAUGCUUCUUUCGUUGACACUUUAUGUCCCAAAACUCGAUGAGAUGUACAGUGGAGAGUAUAGAGACAUACCCGAACCACUGAAAUUACCCGGGUGUUUUCCCCUUCUUGGAACUGAUUUCCCGGAUCCAAUGCAAGACAGGAGCAGCCCUGGCUAUAAGUUCAUACUCCAUCACUGCAAACGUUAUAGGAUGGCUGAGGGUAUUUUGAUAAAUACCUUCAUGGGCCUGGAAGUGGGUGCUCUCAAGGCUUUGAAGGAUGGCUCAGACCCAAGCAUCCCGCCGGUCUACCCGGUCGGACCGCUCAUUCAGAAGGGUUCAGCUGUUGGGUUUGAUGAUGUGGAAUGCCUGCGGUGGUUGGACGGUCAGCCAACCGGUUCGGUUCUUUUUGUAUCGUUUGGGAGUGGUGGGACCCUCUCGAUGGAGCAGCAAAACGAAUUGGCCUUGGGUUUGGAGCUGAGUGGGCAAAAAUUUUUAUGGGUGAUAAAGAGCCCAACUCAAACCUCAGGAGAUGCGUCCUUUUACUUAAAUGACCAACGCGUACAAGACCCAUUUGCUUUAUUGCCUGAGGGGUUUUUGGAGAGGACAAAAGAGAGGGGGCUAGUGGUACCUUCAUGGGCCCCUCAAUUACAAGUGCUUAGCCAUGGUUCGAUUGGAGGAUUCAUCACCCAUUGUGGGUGGAACUCAACCCUAGAGAGUGUGGUGCAUGGUGUACCCUUGAUUGCAUGGCCUCUCUACGCAGAACAGAGUAUGAAUUCACAGAUAUUGGUGGAGGAUUUGAAAAUUGCACUGAGGCCCUUAUCAGAGGAAAAUGGAGUAGUGGGGAGAGCUGAGAUUGCGGCUACUGUGAAAUGCCUCAUGGAAGGAGAGGAAGGAAAGAAAAUUCGAAACCGGAUGAGAGUCCUCCAAGCUGCUUCAGAGAAGGUUCUCAGUGAGGACGGGUACACACCAAAAGCACUCUCAGAGGUGGCACAAAAGUGGAAAUCUCAUGUUUCUAUUUGA